UGACUUACACAGAAGACCUCAGCAGAAAACAGGACCAACCGAUAGGACCUCAGUAACCAGCAUGCAGCGCUUAAACAGCAGGGCAGAGAGCCAUCUGAGCAGUCAGGUAGAGUGUGAACUACAGAGUGUAGGAAAACGAGGGUGGGUGAACCAGGCAUACUGUGGUACCCCUCCACAGGUACGAAACUCUGUCAGCACUGUCUACAACAUUCCACCCCAUUUUGGUACACCUAACCCCUACCAGGCCGAGGCCACAGUGCUAAAUCAAGAGCCAGAAAAGAAGAAAUCCGGAUGCUGCUCUACUUUAGUUAAAGGACUAUGGGGAACAACACUGACAGAGGACACAACAAAAAACCAGGAGCUCUUUCUCAAAACAACUCUCAGAGAAUUAUUUGUCUACAUUCUUUUCUUAGUGGACAUAUGUUUAUUGACCUAUGGCAUGACCAGCUCAAACACCUACUACUACACUAAAGUCAUGAAUGAUUUGUUUGUGAAUUCAUUUGAGUCGAUUGGCAGCAUGGACGAUUUUUGGACAUAUGCAGAAGGUCCACUGAUGGAUGGCCUUUACUGGACUACAUGGUACAAUAACCAGCCUCUUGACACUGGCUCACACUCCUUCAUUUACUAUGAGAACAUGCUCCUGGGAGUCCCUCGUAUGCGACAGAUAAAAGUGAAAAACAAUUCGUGCAAGGUGCCCACAGACUUUCGUUCUGAAAUCGCAGAUUGUUUUGAUGUGUACAAUGAGAAGAAAGAAGAUGAAAGUGUGUUUGGACUCGUCAAUGGAUCAGCAUGGAACUACCACACAGAAACUGAGAUGAAAGGAUCGAGUCACUGGGGUUUGCUGUCCACAUACAGUGGAGCAGGAUAUUAUCAGGACCUUGCUUUGAAUAAAAGUGACAGUGCUGCUGUUAUAGAAGAACUCAAAGAAAACCUGUGGCUGGACCAUGGAACUAGAGCUGUGUUCAUUGAUUUUACAACAUACAAUGCCAACAUCAAUCUCUUCUGUGUUAUAAGGUUGGUGGUUGAGUUCCCUGCCACUGGUGGAGCAAUACCUUCCUACCAGAUCCGGACAGUCAAACUGAUUCGGUAUGUUACCUCAUGGGAUUACUUCAUCAUCGGCUGUGAGAUGGUUUGCGUGUUCAUUCUUUACUACAUUGUGGAGGAGAUACUGGAGGUCCGCAUACACAAAUGCUCAUACUUCACCAGCAUCUGGAACAUUCUGGAUGUGGUAGUGUUACUGCUUGCUGUUGUUGCAAUCGUCUUCAAUGUGUUCCGGACUAUCAAAGUAAACAAUCUACUUGGAAGCUUACUAAAAAAUUCUAGCAUUUACGCAGAUUUUGAAUUUCUGGCAUUUUGGCAAACUCAGUACAACAACAUGAAUGCUGUAAACUUGUUUUUUGCUUGGAUCAAGAUAUUCAAAUACAUCAGUUUCAAUAAAACAAUGUCACAGCUGUCCUCUACGCUGGCACGCUGUGCCACAGACAUCCUGGGGUUUGCCGUCAUGUUCUUCAUUGUGUUUUUCGCCUAUGCCCAGCUGGGCUAUCUUCUGUUUGGUACUCAGGUUGAAUCAUUCAGCACAUUUCAGAAAUGCAUCUUCACACAGUUUCGGAUCAUCCUUGGAGACUUCGACUACGAUAGCAUUGACAGAGCAAACAGAAUCCUGGGGCCAAUAUAUUUUUUCACAUAUGUGUUCUUUGUCUUCUUUGUGUUACUGAACAUGUUUCUAGCCAUUAUCAAUGAUACAUACUCUGAGGUUAAGGAGGAGCUUGCUUCCCAAAAUGAUGACCUCCAUAUUACAGACCUUUUCAAACAGACUGUGAUGAAGCUGAAAUUCAAAAAGGACAGAAUCUCAGAUGUUCAGAAGGCCUUGGAUGGGUCAAAAGACUUGGAGUUCAGAGACUUUAGAGAAACACUAAAAGAAAUGGGUCAUGAUGAUCAGGAUAUCUCUGAAGCUUUCUCUAAAUAUGAUCAUGAUGGCAAUCAGAUUCUCGACCGUAAGGAGCAGGAGAAAAUGAAACGAGAGCUGGAGGAAAAAAGGAAUGCACUCAACACAGAGCUUCAAAACCUUACGCAUGGAAAAAAAGCAGAUGAUGACGACGAGAGGAAAAACCCAAGCUCACUGACUCAGGAACGCUUUCAGAUGUUGGUUAAACAAGUGGCUGAAAUGGAAGGUGCUCUAGCAAUCACAAUGUCCAAGAUUGACAUGCUCAUGGAAAAACUGGGAUUGCAGGACCCUGAAAAAGCAAACAAAACACAAAACAAUGGGAAAACACCUGGCAACCAGAAAUGAGCAAAAAGGUCACAAAACUGGGAAAGCGAAGUUAUGGUAAACACAAAUCCCCAUCUUGGUCCAUGGCUGCUCAAUUGAGAAAUGAAUACAUUAUUUUUCAGCUAAAGCAGGGCCCACUGUCACAGAGACUAUUAACUCUAUAUGUCAUUGAAGCAGACAUGACCAAAAUGCCUAGGAAACUACAAGGGACCAGCAAAGACAUCGACUAAAGAAAAAGCUUGCUCUCUCAUAUCUGGAUUAUAGGGUAGAUAACUACAGUAAACGUUAUUCUAGAAAUAAUUUCAUAAUUUUAGCAAAUUAUGUAUAUAUUAGUAGUUUUAAACAACUAUUUCAUCAGAGAAGCAAGCCAACAACCUGCAGAAAUCAUACCUCAGCAUAUACUUUAAAGAUUAUGUAUUUUGUGUCUUGUAUAUUUGCUGUAUUGUAACACUAGAGUGCGUCAUACAUAGCAUUUCGAAAAUGCUAACAUAAUUACUAACCUCACCACUGACAUGCAAGAGAAUUCUGUAUGGCAGCUCAAGGGUCUGUAUUAGGGGUCUUGUAAGACAGCCACUGCAGUGUCCUUGAGCAAAAGAUAACCAUCUUGCGUGUACAUUUGGAUAAAGGCAUUUACCCAGUGGAAUGAUGAUCAGAAGAUAAACUACAUGAGAAUUCAGGUGUUUGAUAAGCCAUAUUCUGGCUUUACCAUUCGGAUAGAAAGUGAAAAAGAAAUGUAUUGUGUAAAGUGUGUAACUCUCGCUGUUGGUUAACUGUGGGUUUAAAAAAUAAAUUAAAAAAUGUUCAUGUAUGAUGUAACUAAUUGUAGGCAUAUUUAAACUUAUUUAUGUUCUGAUCUUGACUUGUGAAUGUAAAAUUGCUUGAACCUGAAACAUUUCAUGCUUAAGAUGUUAUGCAGUAGCUGCAAACUGUCAAGGAUUAAGCUUUUAAAUAUUAUAUUUUUUCUAAAAGUUAAGCUAUACUUGCUUUUAAAAGUAUAAAAACAGUAUGUUAUUUUAAGCACAAAAUAAAAACAUACAUUAAAGUAUUCCUAGUCCAAUGGUUCAUUUAUUGAGACUCAUUUAGACUUAAAAUUAUCAAAUGCUAGACUGCAUUCAAACAUUUUACCUAUUACAUUCAGUUCCUGAAGCAACCUCAACAAAUGUGAUUUGAAACAUGCAUUUCAAAUCUACAAAUUCCCCCCCGGGAAAAAAAGAAAAAAAAUCCCCAAAUCUCAUUUGUCUGGCUACUAGAGAAAAUGGCACGCAUAUUUGUCAAAACUGCAAAUGGAGAAAAUUCUACUAUAGGGUCUAAAAUCAACAAUACAGCUUUCUACAAGGGUCUCGG